AUGAAUUUGGAUGAAACUAGGGAGUGGCACUGCCCAGCAUGUCAGAAAGGUCCUGGUGCACUUCAGCCACUUAUGAGCCAUGCAAAAACUAGAAGGAAAGGAAAUGUAAAGGUCCACAGGGAACUUGCUGAACUGCUGGAAGAAGAGCUGCGAAUUAGGGGUACAUCUGUAAUCCCUGCUGGUGUAGCAUUCGGGAAGUGGAGAGGGCUAAAAGAAAAUGUUGUGAGGGACAAGGAGAUUGUUUGGCCCCCGAUGGUGAUUAUAAAGAACACAUUACUUGAGCAAGAUGAUGAUGGGCAGUGGCUUGGAAUGGGCAAUGCGGAGCUUCUUGAAUACUUCAGUGCUUACGAAGCUGUGAGCUCGAAGCAUUCCUAUGGCCCAAAAGGGCACCGAGGGAUGAGCCUCUUGAUUUUUGAGUCCUCAGCAAUAGGGUUUAUAGAGGCUGAGCAGUUGAGUAAGCAUUUUGAGGAUGAAGGAAUAGGUAAAGAAGCUUGGGACCAUCAUCGUGUCAACUUUAUUCCUGGUGGACAGCGCCAACUUUAUGGUUACAUGGCAGAAAAGAGGGACUUGGAGAGUUUUAACCAACAUUCUCGUGGUAAGCCAUUACAAAAAUUUGAAAUGAGAUCAUAUCAAGAGGUGGUAAGCAGCCAGUUGAAGCAGAUGAGUGAGGACAAUCAUCUUCUUCUGCUAUGGUACAAGAAUAAAGUCGAAAAGUUAAAAAAGGAGUUGGAAGUUCUUAAGGGGUCCUUUGACACAGUGACGGAGAAGAUGCGGAAGGUCUCGGAGGAGAAUCGUAUUGUGCGGCUUAGAACCAAACUGCAUCACAAAGAAAUUAAGGAGGAGAUGGACGAACAAGAGGAGUUCAGCAGGUCUACAGUCAAAGUUUUAGAUGAUGCUCGAAAAGAGAUGGAAGAGAAGUUGCAAAAGAUACAGCAGGAACAUGAGGGGACAAAACAAUAUAUGGAAACUCCAUUAGCAAAGGACCGGCAAAGCAGGAUCGAAACUGGUGCUACAUCGAUCUUGUCUCAGCAGCAAGAUACAGAUAUAUAUAUGCAGAAGAGAGGAACAGAUUGCUAAAGAAGCAGGAACAGAGGAGGGCUGAGUUAAGGAGGCAGCAGUACGAGGAGAAAAUAAAGCUGGAAGAGGAGUUGAAUGCAGAAUUAGCACAACUGGUGGACAAACACAACCCUCAUUAAUCAGAGUAAGAGCUUUAAGCAUGUGGUGAAGAAAGAUAGGAGAAUGAGAGAGCUAGUACUGUAGCAACAGAAUUUAAAACUGCAGUAAUGCCUUUUCACUUGUCAGUAUCAUUAUUAUAAAUAUUACUAUUAUGGAACUGACUUAAGAUGAAGCUUAUGGUUUUCAACUUUUCAAGUAUUAUCAUUGUCAUUUUUAUGCAUUUGCUUGUUUUAGGAUUGUUCCCUUGUAAAUCAGAAAUGUUAGCCAUUAACCAACCGUUUUGUA